UGUCAGCAGAGGGAGGGGCUCUCUGGGGCUCCAUUAAUUCAGCAGUGCAACAAAUGCAAUGUUGAGGCUAAUGUUGUUGCGAGGGGCGAACAGCUCGGUGCGCCUCAUGCCGUGGAGAAAAGCUUUGCGUUUUACCGUCAGAUGUCCAAAUAUUUUAUUUUGAAGUUUCACGGAAGUUGCGGCUAUUUUUCGGUCAAAUUGACACAGUCGCGGUUCUUAACGUCGACAACGAGCAAGACAACAACAAGACACGCACGAGACCUCCAGCCAGCGGGAAGCCUGUCUCAUAAAGAUUGACUGAAGUUCUGCCAUGCCUGUGGCCUCCACCAGGACAGAGCCUGCUCCCCAGGUGUUGGACGCAAUGAGUGACAGCACCACCAGCUCCACCAUCGCCAACGACCUGGACCUCAUCUACCUCAAAGGCAUUAUGGAAAGCCCUUUGGAGCAGGAGGAGAGCCCCAAGGAGCCGCGGCUGUCGCCAGUGAGUGAGAACAACGUGGAGCUCCUGCAGGAGAUCCUCAGGGAUCUGGACCCGUUCACACAGCGCUCUGACGCCGCCGCUGAGCUGGCCUGCAUCCUCACACAGCCUCACUUCCAGUCUUUACUGGAGACUCAUGAUUCAGUGGCCUCCCAGGCAUGCGAGAGCGAGCCUCCCAGCCCGUGUGACUGUGUUGAUCAUGAACAGGAAGACAGCCAGACGACCAACCCGGCCCUGCCCUCUGAUGCCAUACGCAUGGUUGGCAUACGCAAAGUAGCCGGGGAACAUCUGGGUGUGACGUUCAAAGUGGAAGGUGGAGAGCUGGUGAUCGCCCGCAUCCUCCAUGGAGGGAUUAUAGACCAGCAAGGCCUCCUGCAUGUUGGUGACAUCAUCAAAGAGGUGAACGGGCGAGAUGUGAGCCAGGACCCCAGGGUGCUGCUGGAGGAGCUACAAGCAGCCAGUGGCAUUGUGGUUCUGAAGAUUCUGCCCAGCUACCAUGAGACCAUUCCACCAAGACAGGUGUUUUUCAAGUGUCACUAUGACUACGACCCAGCCAAUGACACCCUGAUUCCUUGUAAGGAAGCAGCCUUAAGGUUUGAGACAGGAGACAUCCUUCAGAUAGUCAACCAAGAUGAUGUCAACUGGUGGCAGGGCCGACAUGUGGAGGGUGGAAGUACAGGGCUGAUCCCCAGUCAGAUGUUGGAGGAGAAAAGAAAAGCUUUUGUGAAGAAGGAUGUGGAGUUGGCACCUGCAGGAAAUCUUUGCACUGGUCUUGGAGUGAAGAAGAAGAAGAAGAUGAUGUAUGUGACCACAAAAAAUGCAGAGUUUGACAGACAUGAAAUCCUGCUGUAUGAGGAGGUGGCCAAGGUCCCACCAUUCAAAAGAAAAACUCUGGUUUUAAUUGGAGCUCAGGGCGUUGGGAGGCGGAGACUAAAGGCCAAGCUGCUGCUGAGGGAUCCGCAGCUCUUCGGUACCACCAUCCCAUACACCUCCAGAAAGCCUAAAAAGGGAGAACGUGAGAGUCGGAUGUACGCUUUCACAAGCCGCAACAAGAUGGAGGCUGACAUCAAGAAUGGCCGUUAUCUUGAAUAUGGAGAAUAUGAAGGCAACUUGUACGGUUUAAAGAUUGACUCCAUCCACGAGGUGGCGGAGGCGGGACGCGUCUGCAUCCUGGACGCCAACCCACAGUCUCUCAAAGUGCUGCGGACCUCGGAGUUCUUGCCCUACGUGGUUUUCCUGCAAUCUCCUGACUUUGAGGUGCUCAAGGCGAUGAAUCACUCGGCUGUAGAGGCUGGGGUGGUCACAAAGGCCCUGACAGAUGAAGAGCUGCAGAGGACAUGUGACGAGAGUGCUAAAAUCCAGGCCGCCUUUGGUCACUUCUUUGACCUCAUCAUCGUCAAUGAGAACCUUGAUGAGACUUAUCGCACCGUCAAAGCGGCUCUGGAAACAGUUUCCAAAAACCCACAGUGGGUCCCAGUCACUUGGGUGUUCUAAGACCUGAGAACUCUGCCCACAUGUUUCAAUCCUCAAGACUCAUGUUUUCAUCAGUGUCAACAGACAUCUGGCAUAUCCUGGACCACAGCUGGAACUGUGUGUGUAAAGUGUGUGUAGAAUAAAACUGUCACGAUGUGAGGACUCAGCAUCCUUUGGUGCAAUACUUCUUGCAGAACGUAGUGUGUUGGAUGGUAGCGGCCCGGCUGGCUUCAGGUGCACUAAAGUCUCAAAAGGUUGUUGGAUGAUUUGAAGUUUUCUCAGAAAGACUCUGUGCAUGCACAUGUAUGCGUCUGUGACCCUGAGGACUUCAGAACUUUCUAUUUUUACAUUUUACUUGCAAACUUCAGACAUUUUUUUUUCCCUUUGGUUACCUAUCAUAAAGGAGGUCAGACCUUUUGGGGUCAAAAUGUGCCAAGAGAUUUAUUUCAGCCAAAAAACGGAUCCUGCCAACUAAUAUCAAAUAUUUUCUACUUUCUGUUAACGUACAAAUUGGUUGGACAUUCAUACACAAUAAUGCACCAGACUAACCCCGGCUUAUUUACCAUAAAUCAUGUGUUGCUCCAUCAAUCUCCACCAUAAAUUCCAAAAUGGCUGCCGCUCAUGUGAACUACAGCCUUAGCAGCUGCAAUAGGCUUUUAUUGAACAAUCAUUAGGUUUUUAGCUCGCUAAGUCAGACAAGCAACAUCUGGUGGUGAACAUGUUGGUGCAGUGAUUAUACAAAACACAGAGAAGCACGACAUUAUGCUAACUGAGUGUAGCAGCUAGCGUAUCCCUCUGGUUAGCACCCCUUCACAGGCCUUCCACGCCUCAGCGGAUCAGGGUUGUUUUGUUAGGAAAAGCUGGUAGUCAGAUACUGAAUUUCUUAAUGCAGUGUAGCAUUUUUGUAUAUGUUACAGAAGCAGUAAGGUGGUAAAGUCAUUGUGAAAUGUAAUUUUUAUUUUUGUUGUAAAAACAGCAACAGAUGGUCAGAAGUAAUUUUUUUCUAGUAUAAGUUGGAAAUAAAGAAGUUGGAGGAUUUUUUCCACUAGCUGGGAAGACUGUCCUUUACACCCAUACACUGCAUUUGAAAGAAACUCUUUCAGUGUGAGUCAGCCAUACAACUAAUUGAGCCAGUUAAAACAAGUCACAGUCAGAAUGCUUUCAGCCAUCCCAUAAUACUGCCUUACUCUCUGAUUAUGUGACUUUACAAACUGCAACACAACUGCUAAGUACUGAGACAGUAACAGGUCACCAGAGCAGCAGAGGUUCUGAGAACUGACGUGUUACACAGUUUGGACUCUGAUAGAAACCCCCAACGUUAUGCUCCCUAAAAACGCUGCGUUGCAUUAAAACAGUCCGUCAUCCCCGGCUGACACUUUUAUGUUGCACUGAUCCCGAUUUGUUUAACUAGAUCCCCUCCUUUUGUAGAUAGCUUGUAUAUACACAAUGGUAUAAUAGGUAUUUAUAUUGGUUUAAAUG